AAAAGGACCAACACUCAAUUAAGACCAGGCUUAACUCUGAGGACAGAGAUUCCCACCCCAGACACCUAACAGUCAACACUCACGCACGGAUAGCACAGGGGUUCAACGAGUAGUACUCAAGUUAUCACCCUUUUGACUGGCUAAACAGAAAGUGUCAAUUAAGCUACAGUAAGGUAGAAUAAACAACCAAAAGUAGUUUUUGUUUUGUGCUACAAAUGAAUGGAGCCUGAUAAUAAAUUAUCUAAAGCUGAUCAGGUGUUUCUGAUUUUCUGGGGUCCAUCACUGAGGGGAGAAAAUAUGGAAGAGUUGUUUGUUGGCAAAAAUCUGGAAACCAGAAAAAACCCGCAAGAUGGCGGCGGCUGGAGGUGGCCGUCUGAGGCGGGCGGCGUCGGCUCUGUUGCUCCGGAGCCCCCGUCUGCCGACCCGGGAGCUGUCAGUCCCGGCCCGGCUCUAUCACAAGAAGGUUGUCGAUCAUUAUGAAAAUCCUAGAAANGUGGGGUCUCUUGACAAGACAUCUAAAAAUGUUGGAACUGGAUUAGUGGGGGCUCCAGCGUGUGGUGAUGUAAUGAAAUUACAGAUUCAAGUGGAUGAAAAGGGGAGGAUCGUGGAUGCCAGGUUUAAAACAUUUGGUUGUGGUUCUGCGAUUGCCUCCAGCUCCUUAGCCACCGAAUGGGUGAAAGGGAAGACGGUGGACGAAGCCUUGACCAUCAAAAACACAGAUAUCGCCAAGGAACUCUGCCUUCCCCCUGUAAAACUGCACUCAUGCUGGCUGAAGAUGCGAUCAAGGCUUCCCUGGCUGAUUACAAACUGAAACGAGAACCCAAGAAAGGAGAGGCGGAGAAGUAAGCCCUUGACGAAGCUUCCGGCCGGACACAUCGGCUGCUUGUCCACCCGCCAUGCAGUCACCGUAGAUGCCCAAAGCCCCUCGCACUGCAGUGAAAGAGCUAUGCUACACGCACAUUUACUGUUCACAUCAUAGCUCUAAUGCAAGCAAAAUACACAGUGUAAUUGUUCUGAAUCCUGUGGUUUCUUUCAGCCCACUUUUAUUGCCUUAACCCAGUUUAUGUAUAUUCUGAAUUGUGUGGAUGGCCUCAAACCAAAAUCAGUAAUGAAGUCUCAAGUUUUGGUAGUCCAUGAAGUGCACAAAUAUCUACUUUACCUGACUCUAUUUUGGGGAAGAUUACCAAUAGAAUGCGCUCGUGAGAACCAAGUAUUGUACAUAAAA